AUGGCCCCUACGGAAACAAAGGCCGCCGCGCCGGCCAAAGUUGGCAAAAAGGUGCGAAAGGACCGCAAAAAGGAGCAGAAGGUCAACAAGUACCCGGCCAGCCUGUUGACGAGCGGCAUGUAUCGUAUUGUGCGCCGCAAAAUGAUCAAGAAGCGCCCACAGCCUGUGGCGGGUGGCGAGAAGAAGAUCAAGAAGCCCGUCUUUGUUGUGAAGAAGAUUGGCGGUGCGAAGAACGGCGGCGAGCGCAAGGUGCUGCUGCGUAAGAACAAGGCCGAUCUGCCGACGAGGCGUUUCGCUCGCAAGCGCCCGGCCAAAUCGUACUUCCGCAACCACAAGCGCAACAUCCGCCGAUCGCUCAAGCCAGGCACGGUGCUGAUCCUGCUUGCUGGCCGCCACAAGGGCAAGCGGGUGGUGUUGCUGAAGGUAAUGCAGACCGGGCUGCUGCUGGUGACCGGUCCGUUCGAAGUGAACGCUUGCCCGAUGCGCCGCAUUGAGCAGAACUACGUCAUCGCCACCAAGACGCGCGUCAACUUGGAGAAGCUGAAGCUGCCGGAACACAUCAACGAUCGGUACUUCCGUCGCAUCCUCCCCAAGAAGGAUACCCGCGUUGAACGGGACAUCUUCUCCCGGAAGGAGUUCAAAUACGUGCCGACCGAGCAGCGCAAGGCCGACCAGAAGGUGGUGGACGCCGUGGUAAAGGCUGCCAUCAAGGAACACCCGGAGGGCAAGCUGGUCAUGCGCUACCUGAAGUCGAUGUUCUCGUUGCGUUCCAACAUGUUCCCGCACCGUAUGCAGUUCUAA